CCUUGUAAGGUACUGCACGAAUAAAUUAGAAAUAUUUCAACCAUUCUAGGUGACUGAUUCACCCAAAACAAUCGGCUGUCAAAUGUCACCAUCAGAAACGUAAACAAACUUGCCUGGCGUGAAACAAAGCUUCCCACCGCUUUGGUCGGCAUUUUCAUGCUGAUCCGAAUAUAUUUGCACAAUACUAGCGUUUUUACCAAUUAAAACACUUACCGAGAGCGGCAAACAGCGAAACAAACACACGACAAAAGGGUUCAGUGUAGGACUGUCGAUAAAGGUUUGAUACUUCCACAAUGAUUCCGUUCUACCCUUCGCUGCAACCGUCUGCGGCGUACAACUUUUGGUUUUCCGUUGAUGAGUCGUACGACGAUGAUGCCGAAGUGAAUAACCUGGAAACGGAACACACGGAAUGGCUAAACCGAAUCACCUUAAUCGGACAGGAACUGACGCCAAUUGGCAAAAGCUCCAACGAGCAGCACAUGGAAAACAUGGACACGGAGGAUGAGGAUGCGAACGACGAAAGCGAUGAUUCGGACAACUCGGACGACGACGAUGACGAUAUGGAUGAUAUGAACAAUACGCGGAACCUGCCGGAUGAAAUUACCGUCGUUACCGGUGGAUACAUGGGGGAUGACACGCACGCAGACACGCUGUAGAAAGGAAUCGCGCGAUUAACAAUGUCCUGGCUACUUCCUCUGCUGCGUAUCAUUAUAUUAAGCUUGCGUUGGGUUAAGUUAUCGGUACUGGUACAAUGUAAAAACUUACUUUAAAAUAGAUCAUACGGCCAGUUUAAUUCAAAAUGGGUCGUCUGGAGAGUGUA